UGCAGCGUCCACUUCACCCUGCAGUUUUCUACUGGUAGUCUAGUACUCCCUCGGGUAAGUACGUAGUACGUACUAACACAUGGCCAUGGCCGGGCUAACAAGCUCAACCAACCAACCAAGAAUGGCGCCGCCACCAGGGAGGAAUCCCAGCAUGCACACGUACCACCUCUGCUUGUGCUUCCUUCUCCUUGCGUCCACCGCCACCCUCUCGGCCGCUGUCACCGCUUCCUCUUACUCCAUCGCCUGCCCAUCCCUGCCCCCCGCCAACGACCGCCACACCGACGCUGACGACGCCCUUUCCCUCACCCGCUCCUUCCAGAUCUCCGCCGGCCAGUUUUCCGGUGGCGCCGCCGGCCUGUUUCCCCCUGAAGAUGAUGAUCUCUACAAUGACCGCUCGUUUGCUUUUUUCCCACACGGCAUCUCCCGCACCGAAGACCCGGCUCUCCUCCACCUCACCGCCACAUUCACCCUCACCGGUGGACGCCGCGACAAUUACAGCUUCCCUGCGUCCGUCUCCUUCGUCCUCGACGGGCACUACUCCUCGGCCUCUCUGCAGCUCUGCAUGGUCGGGAUGGGCACCGAGCGCGCCAAGGACGGCUCCCUCAAGCACUACCCCGACGUCGCCCUCCGCCUCCGCGUCCCGAAUCCUCCCAGCCUCGCUGAUCCCUUUGUGACCGGCAGUCUGGAGGGCGGCUCCGGCCUUGGGACUUUCCGCCUCGUCGCGUACGCCGAGGGCGACGACUACAAGUACGGCUCCGACCGCACGGCCUGCAGCCUCAGGCCACCGAAGCACCCGGACAGGGAGUCGCUCCGGAUGCUCGGCGGCGACAACUCUGCGUGCAGCCACCUGACCCAACAACUCAUGACCUCGUACAGACUAGAGCACGGCGGCGCUCAGCUUCCCCGGAUGCGCGUGAACCAGAUGCGCUGCACCACGGACGGCGCGGCCGUACACGUCCGCGCAUAUGCGGUUCUCUCGAACGACACCGGGUCGUCCGAGAGGCGCCGGUACUACCGCCGCCGACGACGCUUCUUGGUACGUGAGGAAGCCGUCGUGGCCGACGGGCACUGGGACUCGGAUCGGCGCAUGCUCUGCCUCACGGCGUGCCGGGUUCCGCUGCCGGUGCUGUCGUCUGCUCCGGCGGUGCGAGAGCACGGAUGCGGGAUCGGGAUGAGCUUCUGGUUCCCGGCCAUAUGGACGAUGCGGGAGCGGAGCAUCGUGUCCGGGAUGCUCUGGAACUCGACCAACGCCGGCUCUGGACUGAUCCACGGCAUGAUAACAGCGUCGAGCAUGGACGACCAAAGAAGCUCUACCAAUCUCUCCGACGUGAAGUACAGCUACAACGCCACGGUGCUCGGGGAGGCCAGGAAGCACUACCUGGAAAUCAGCAUGGGGAAGAAGAAGAUCACGGGGUCACACCCGUUCCCUGACUUUAACUGUACUGUCAGUGACUUUGCGUUUCGUUUCGACGGGCUGGACAUCUGGGGUGGAGAAGCCUACCCAGUCACAAUCGGCUCAGUGAUGCUCGCCGGCGAGAGGCUGGCCGCCGAUGACGCCUUCUUCCAGCACACUGUGGCCGUGGAAGACAAAGAGCCGGCUCUGCUGAAUGUCAGCUACACCAUACGCUACACUGCUCCACCUGAUAACUGGGUGCGUCCUACCAAUAUGUUAAACUACUCAGUUGGCUAUGAGAAGAGAAAGAUCUCAGCAGAAGGUGUUUAUGAUCCCAACAGGGGCAUCCUGUGCAUGGUCGGCUGCAAGGAGCACAACGGCUCGACGGACUGCCAUACACUGGUAACGGUGCAGUUCGCCUCCCUCGAUUCCAAGGCGCAAGGGCAUGGCACGGGGGUGAUCAGUAGUCUCAGAGACAAGACGGACCGCCUCUUCUUCGAGAAGGUCGACUUCACCUCCUAUGGUAUGUACUCCUCACAAGUGUUUGAGGCCAUAUCGAGGAUGGACAUGGAGAGUGUCCUCCUGCUGGCCUCCACCACGCUGUCGUGCGUCUUCAUCAUCCUGCAGAUCCUCCACACAAAGAGGAACCCAGAGGCGGCUGCGGCGACAUCGAUCACCAUGCUCACCGUGGUCACCAUGGGGUAUCUCGCCCCUCUCGCGCUCAACUCUGAGGCCCUGUUUGCAAGCAGGAGGAGCCAGUACUAUGACUUCUACUACUCCACGAGCCGGAGGCUAGAGAUGAACGAGGUCAUGAUGAGGGCGCCUACGCUGAUCGCCUUCAUGCUGCAGCUGUGCCUUCUUCAGCUGGCGUGGUCAGGCCGCCGCACAUCCACCGUGUCCGAGAGGACCGUGUUGUGGAUAUGUCUACCAUUGUACGCUCUCGGAGGGGCCUUCGCCGCCAUAAUCCGCGGGAUCAACGCCCGUGCCAUGAGCGGCGACCCGUCAAUGAUCAGCACGGGUGAAGGGCCGGCGACGAUCUGGGAGGACCUUGUGUCGUACGCUGGGCUGAUACUGGAUGGCUUCCUCCUCCCGCAGGUCAUCCUAAACGCAUCCUUAGGAAAAUCCAGAGUUGGGGUGAUCUCACCAUGGUUCUACAUAGGGGGCACCAUGGUCCGUGUGGCGCCUCAUGUGUACGAUGUGGUCAGAGCCCAUGUCUACACGCCAAGCAUGCGCUCCUCUCACCUGUACGCGAGCCCCCGCGGUGACCUCUUCAGCAUCGUGUGGGACGUGGUUAUACCUUGCGGGGCAGUGCUGCUGGCCUUGUUGUUGUUCUUGCAGCAGCGGCUCGGAGGCACCGCAUCGCUUCCUGCGCAGAGGAGGAGAUCGGGUGGAUAUGAAAUGGUCUCUAACAUUUAACAUAAGACAGGUGAGUUCUCCUUCAAGGAAACAAAGGAUGCAAUUGUGGUUGAUGGAUAACAUGUACUCUCUUCGUCCCAAAAUAAAUUAGUGUAAAAUUAAUAUGAAGUUGUACUAAAUUAGUGACACUUAUUGUUGGAUUGAAAGCAAAGUAUGUAUCUUAUGUGUCAUGGAAGGUUUGUACAUUUGCAUUUCAAUAUGAGAUAUUACUUUUUUU